AUUAAAAAUGUCAGAAAUGUCUGCUGUAAACCGGAAAGUGAUCCAAGCUCUCGCUGAAACGAUCUCAAAACAAGUGAAACACUUCAGUAAAACAGAGGUUGAGUGCCUUAUUCGUGGAUUUAACCGUCUCCUUGAGGAGCAGAGCAUCUCUAAACAUACAGCAAGCGGACUGGACAGGGGAAGGUUUAGGAGCAUUCUGCAUGAUCUGUUUGGAAUGACUGACUACAUGAUCAUGGAUGGAGUUUUUAGGAGGUUUGACAAAGACAAUGAUGGCUCAGUCAGUGUUAAAGAAUGGAUUGAGGGGCUGUCUGUUAUCCUUAGAGGGAGUUUGGAGGAGAAAAUAAAGUACUGCUUUCAUAUUUAUGACUUAAAUGGAGACAACUACAUCUCCAAAGAGGAGAUGUUUCAGCUGCUGAAGAACAGCCUCAACAGACAGCCCACAGAGGAGGACCCUGAUGAGGGAAUCAAAGACCUGGUUGAGAUCACGCUCAAGAAGAUGGAUCAUGACCAUGAUGGUCGGCUGUCUUUUGCUGAUUUUGAGAAAGCAGUGAAAGAAGAGACUCUCUUACUUGAAGGUUUUGGAAACUGCCUCCCAGACUCGACGGGUAUUGAGGCAUUUGAGAGGCAUGUAUUUGAGGAGCAAUGGGAACGUUGA